CUUUUGUUCUUUCCUUCUCUUGCAGUGGGAUUGCCUCGCUACCAGCAUCACCCCUCCCCGGUGUGUGACAGGAAAGAUUUUGUCCUCAAUUUUAACGGUAUUUCUUCGUUUCACCCUUCCGCUAGCGGAUCUUACUACCACCACCACCACCAUCAAAGCGUCUGUCAAGACAUCAAGCCCUGCGUGAUGUGA